AAUGUUUGUUCCAUCAGAUCACCUUGAUGGCAAUCAGUCCCUCCGCAGUUUUGAACGCAUUCCACCCCGGGAAUAUGUUUACCAUUCCUAGAAUAGAUUGAUGCAAUUCUUGACCCGACUGCCCGCUAAUUAUGCCUGUCUUUAACGGAUACCAAUAUGAGCCUCUUGGCACCAAAGAUUCACUUCGGCUCAUCGCCCUCAAUCAAGCAAUCCAUAGAACAACUCCACUAAGAUGCUCCAUUAUCCAGUGUCGACGUUCGGCAUUGAGUAAAGAUUACUCUGCAGUUUCUUACGCAUGGGGCCCUCGCGAUUUCACGCGUAACCUAGAGGUAGAUCACGAUGGUGACACCUCGUAUAUAAGGACCACGUCCAACGUCGACAUGUUGUUAAGGUACCUUCGCGGUCAGAAGGAAGUGCGCCAUUUGUGGAUUGAUGCCAUCUGCCUCAACCAAGACGAUCAUGUCGAAAAAGCCCAGCAAAUUCCCCUAAUGGGUUACAUAUAUGGGCAGUCGCAGCAAGUGCAUAUCUGGCUUGGCACCGAUAAUUCCACAAUUACCCAACUGUUUGCUUUUUUUCGAGCAGCCAGCCAGCUUCGAGAGACUAAUCAGCAAGUAAUCUCUACACGUGUUGCAUCACUAAUGACGAAGUAUUUUAAAGAUGCCUCAAUCGAUGAGACAUUCAGCCAAGGAAUUUUCCUGCCUGGAGCGGUAGAAGCACUCGAUAGCAUUACCAAGUUCUUCGAUCGGCAUUGGUUCUCACGCCGUUGGGUUAUCCAAGAAGCCUAUGUGGCCCGUCAAGCUAUUGUACAUUGCGGAAAAUAUUCAAUUCCCAUGGGACUUGUCGCCUCGGCUGCAAACAAAUUUCAGUCCAUGGAUAUAUCAAGCUAUCCCAUUAGGAUGGCGGCAAAUUUGCACCGGCUGAAAUCUUCAAACAAGCUUACCCUUAUGGAACUAUUAUGGAAUUUUCAUGAAGCUCGAUGCGCCGAAAAAAAGGAUCGUAUCGCUGCUCUAGCUGGUCUAAUAUCAGAAGAUCUCUUUCAUAUCGACUAUGAUACUCCUUGGGAUAUUGUGUACAAGCAGGCUGCUUCACUUGCGCUACGCUCCAAAGAUAAUAGCAUCAGACUACAAGUACUUCUGCACCUGUUCGAGUUUGGCCACCUUUCUCAGUUGAAGGAUGUCGUCUGUCCAUCGUGGGUCCCAGAUUGGACAAGUUGCCGGACUCGCAAGUUGCCCUAUCACGCAUUGGCGAGGAAUGUUGACAACAUAUCUGAUUAUCACACGACUUUUGGAUGUUCGAUUACAGCGACCUUAGCCUUGAAUAACGAUAUUCUAGAAGUCUACCCGGGUCCCCCGACUGCUACUUCUCGAAGCUGGCAAGUGUUUUACGCAACAGAGAUAGGGAUGUAUCCAGUAAACGAGCUUGACACCGACCGAGUCGUCAAAAUUAUGCAAAGACUCUUCCCAUUCAUCACCUCUAACUCAGCUUUUGAGGUACUCGAGAUCUCAUCUUUAAUUCAGUUGAUUUUGGACUUCCGCCACUCAGAAGCAAGGGACCAGAGGUUAGUGAGUAGGCCUCUUGAGCAAUUCAUAAUAGCCCUCACCGAAAAGCUUCCAGAGUGGAUACAUUUAGACUUUUUCGACUCCUUACGAAAGCUGGGCUCAUUGUUACGAGAUGUCUGCUUCUUCGCUCUUGAGCCCUCAAAACCAGGAGUCAGUGCCUGUCGAGCCUACGGUAUCUGUCUCACACAAGUACAUUCUAAAGACAUUAUGGUACCGCUUUGGCACCGAGAAGAGAAGGCCACAGGGCGUCAGAGUAUUUUGGGUGGGUGGAAAAAGGCCAUCGACGUCACCACAAUGCUUGCUGUGCGUCAAGCCGAGAAAAGACCUGGGUUGGGCCAGGAAAAAAGAUCGGAACGAAUUAAAGGACUAGAAAAAGACAUAAUUGCCGUUCCAGCAGUGUGUGUUAUACCAAGUGGGUGGGCCUCUCUACAAGCCCGUGAGUAUGACCUGAGCGUGGCAGAUUGUGCAUGGCAGGCUCCAAUAUGCCUGCCAUAGGACUCUCGCUGACAAUACCGGUUGGGAGACGAGAUGGUCAUCAGACACGACAACUCUCAGCCAUGGAGGGUUGAAAAGAUCUAGUGGCUGUUAAUUGAUGGCACUGGUCCUUACUAUAAUUCGGAGAACGAGUAUGGCAACAAAAAGUGCAACGCCUUUCCGGAAGAGGCCUAGCACUUCGAAAUUUACAGCAUCAUAGGGGACUCGACCGAGAAUAUAAUGUCUUGGAAAGCAAGGAAGUCAAGGAGAAGCUUACGAAAGCCGAGAAGAAGCUUUCAGACGAGAUCAGAG